AUGGAGGAGGCGUGCCAGCCGCAAGAGGUGCGCACUGCGGAGGGCCAAUGCGCGGAGUGCAACGCGGGCUUCAAACUCGGCCCGGAUGGAAGCUGCGAAGCCUUCGCGUGCACCGAAGCCGAGGGCUGCGCCAAGUGCCGGGUGCUGGAGAACCGCACUGACGACCACCAGUGCAGCACCUGCCAUCGCGGAUACAAGCUGGUGGAUUUCCAGUGCGUCCCCUUCGAGUGCACAGAGGGCGACAAGGAGCAGUGCCGCAUUUGCACGCAGCUUCAAGGGCGCACCGCGGAUGGCCAGUGCUACCAGUGCAACCCAGGCUACCGACUCAAGGAGGACCUUACCUGCGAAGCUUUGCCUUGCAGCGAGGGGCAGGGUGCCCUAUGCAAGACCUGCCGCACCCAGUCCACGCGCACACAGCCGGACCAGUGCAGCACCUGCAACGCGGGCUACGGCCUGGUGAACUUUACCAGCUGCAAGCCCUUCACCUGCACCCCCGGCCCCGGCGCGGGCUGCAAGGCCUGCAAGGCGCAGAUGGCCAUGACCGCCUUCGACCAGUGCGCCGCCUGCAACGACGGCUACACCUUGACCAGCGAGUCCGCCUGUCAGCUCGGCUCCGAGAACUGGGCCUCCAACACCAAGGUGGUGCGAUAUGCCAAGCAGGUGGUGCGGGAUCUGGUGCGACAGCUGGAUACCAACUCGGACGGCAACAUCCAGAAGAGCGAGCUGAACGAGGACCAGAUCAACCAGGCCAUCCAGAAAGGCAUCGCCGGGCUGCGUGGGGGCAUCAUUGAGGGCCAAGUGGACCCGGACGUCCUUUGGUACAAGUGA